AUGGCUGCACCAGAGCAACUGGCCUUGGAAGAGGCUCUCAAAAAGGGGAGCUCAGAUUUGAAGUUCACGUUGACGAGAAACGAGGUUUCAGAUGAACUGCAAGCAGCUUUUUAUAGGAAUGGGGUUACAACUAUUCCGAAGUUCUCUUCAUUCUUUCGUUCAGAGGAUGAUUUGGUGACUGUCCUGAAGGACUCCUUCAACACGGAUUCAGAUCACAGUUUGGCUGAUAGAUCUCAGGUUGCGUCAGUGAUUUGUGCGUGGCGUGAGACGCAGACUCGACAGAAGAGACAGAUAGAGGUUGAGGCAGAGAUGGAUACAAGAGAGUGGACAAAGCACAUUCCUACAGGUGACUAUAUCAACAUGAGAAAUGCAUACAUGAAGGUGCAUGGAAAGAUUGAGGAUAAGGUCACUCCAUCAAAGGAGUAUCUGGAGAAAAAGUUACAGGAACUUGAAAACGGCGAGUUCCGAGCGGAGACCAUGGCUGAGGUGGUAUCGAAGGACGAGGUGGAUCCUGAUGUGAUGAUUCCCAUUUUUGAUUCAAAGGGAAGCCUUUCUGUCAAACGGGGAUCAACAACUAUACCACUUCCUACAGGGCCUGAACAGUUGAGGCGCAGGUUGACAGUCAUGCUGAAUGCCAUUCUCAUGCUUGCUUUGAAACAUACGAAUCGUGAGGAGAUACAAGAUGUGUCACGUGAUUUGUUUGAGCGUUACAAGGACUACAUCUUGGGUGACUAUGUUUGGGGACUUUCCUCAACGGAUUUGCAUGGGAAUCAGAUCCAGACGCCUCCUUGGAGCUUGGUCCUCAGUUAUGAACAGGCUGUGAGAAAGCGUGCAUACUAUUUGAUGGUUUCAGAGCAUUUGCAGCUUGGGACAGCACUUGAACAAGCAUGGAAGUGCCCAGUUACAAAGGAGAGGCAUUUCAUUACGCCUCUUGCGCUUUACAGCAAGCGCUCUUUCCCGAAUCAGAAUUGGGGAGAAUGGAACCCAAAAGGAAAGGGUAAGGGCGGAAAGAGUCCUUGCAGAGACACAGGUGCAAGGGAACAGCACAAAUCUUCAAAGAAGAUUCUUCGGGUGCUGUAUGUUUUCUCAGGGAAACCGAGAAAGAAUUCAGUUUCAUCAUGGCUGCAAAAGUUGUCGAAACGAUACAAUGUGGCAAUAGAGGUUGAGAUGGUCGACAUUCAAGUGCGACCCUUCCUGGACCUCACUCGUGCAGAAACCCAGCAACGUUUGUUAAACAAGAUUGCAUCGGGUAGAUUUUUUGCAGUUUUAUUCAGCCCGCCAUGCAGCACCUUUUCUAGAGUGGUUUGGGCGAACAGAAGAGGACCGAGGCCAGUUAGAUCCUUUGUGCAGCCACGUGGAUUUACAAGACUUACAUGGGCAGAGCGUAAACGUGCAAUGUGGGGCAAUACAAUGGCGGAUUUUACAUUCAAAGCUUUUGAAAUGCAGGUGGACCAAGGUGGCAUGGCUUUGUUUGAAAACCCAGAAGACUUGGGAGCGAUCAAGUCGGGGGAGCACAGAGGUAAACGACCAGCGAGCAUGUGGCAGUGGACUGAGUUUCAACGUCUUCUGGAAAGGCAAGAUGUUGAAACGGUUGCGCUUUAUCAGCAAGACUUUGGGACUGAGUACUUGAAACCAACAAGGUUGAUGCUGGCGAAUUUCAAGUAUCAUCAUGAAUCCUUCUGCAAAGGUGGGCCAUUUUUUGAUGAGCAAGGUUUUUACGCUGGUCCACUGGAGUCCAGGGACGCAACAAGACAGCUUGGAACAAACUCUGACACUCUCCCAUACCCCAUCUUGAAACCAGAUGGACAUAAACUCUACGGUGGCACUGGAAAUCCGAGACAAUGUCAGCAACCGGGUAAGGAGAGACAGUUUCAUGACGGUGCAGGCCUUUCUUCAAUGGGUAGAUGGGAUGCAAACAAGCGCAUUUGGUCUGAGACACCCUUUUGGAAAGAACUGAGAAAGGAGACCUUGGAGAUGAUCCUCAAACACGUUGGGGACGAGAGGACAUUGAACAGAGCUUGUUUUGAGAUGGCGGUGCGUGGCGAGGAAGGAUGUGCUAUUGUUUCUGAUGAAGAGCUAAAAGCCAAGAUACGCGCACUUUGGAUCAGACUCUUGGAAAAACAUGGUAGCAAACAGGAGGGAUUGGAGACCAGAGCAGAAGGUCAACCUUUUUACUUGAGGCUCAUGAAGGAGUUGCUAGCUUUUGCAGACGAUGUUGACAGGGAAUUUCUCUUGGAAGGCGAAGUGGGUUUUCCUGUAGGUGUCUUGGCACCACUUCCAAGAACGCCUCACGUCUAUGAGGAACAAACCAGCUGGCGUUUGGAGGAAGAGCCGCUCAUGAGAGAGGAGGUCUGGCGUUCAAAUUACCAGUCAGUGGACCUUCAUACUGACUUUGUCUACAGCCAUUUUGAGGAGGAAUGCCAAGAAGGCUUGAUGGAGAAACUGACUUUGGAACAGGCAAAAGAGAAGUACGGUGACAAAAUAGCUAUCUCUUCUCUUGCAGUCUUGGAUCAGAUGUCGGGACAAAGUCAGAAGUCCCAGUGCACGGGAGAAGCAGUACCUGUUGGCGCUUUUCAAGGGCCAAAACAGUUCAGUUUGCAGUGUAGUAGGAGACAUCAGCAAAGCACACCGGAGGAUGACAACUUUAUUUACGUGAAUAAGGUUGGCACAUUUGGAGUUGCAUGUGCAUCAUACUGGUGGUCAAGGAUUUCUGGAGCCGGCGUGAGGCUGAUACAUGAGUUGCUGGGCCGUGACAUGGCAAUUGAUAUACUUAUUUUUGCGGACGAUAUAGAGGCCAUCGCGGCCAACGCUGGUGGAAGGGCAACUUGGAUGCGCAACUGGGUUCUGGAAAUGGCCAAUAGCGGAGUUACAACUUCCAAGAACUUUGAGCAAGGACGCUUGCGGAUACCAGCUAUGAUCAGGGCUAUACUACUCUUCUUGGGGUCCAGAUUUGAAGAAGGUGGCCAAUUGCAGGAACCACCCCCUUUGGCAGGCAAUUACAAAGCUGAGCAAAGCCUCCUUUUUUACACUGAUGCCAAGGCCACUGAACAUGGAGCAUGGAUAGGCGGUUACAAACAAGACAACGAUGGCAACGUGCUGGAGUGGUUUUCAGAAGAGAUACCGCAUUCGUGGGCGGAAUGGAUGACGUUGAAGAAAGACCCAAAAAGGGUUAUUGCGACAUUAGAGUUGUUGGCGAGCUUAGUAGCUGUUAAGCUUUGGAUGCCACAGAGCAAGGAGCAUACCAAAGCCACCUGCUAUUUGAAGGGUAUGACUGACAAUUUAGGCAACACCUUUGCUGUUUCAAAGUGGAUGAGUACGAAGUUUCCCUUGACAGUUUUUGUCAUGGAGUUAUCAGAAACCUUGAGGCGGGGCAACUGCCUACUUUCACUGGAUUGGGUCAGGCGAGACGACAACCAGCUCGCUGACGACUUGACGAACCAGGUUUUUGAUAAGUUUGAAAUGAAGUUGAGAGUGAGGUGGAAGCCCGAAGCACAGGAGUGGCACAUACUGAAUCAGUUUCUUGAGCACUCCAAAGGCUUCCACAACGAGAUGAAGAAGAGAAAAGCGGAAGUGCUUCCGCCGGUUGCCCAGGUCAAGAAAACACGAAAAAAGUUGAGCCCCUGGUAG